AGCAACGUUAGCAAGACGGGGAAAAAAAAAACACGGCCAACGUUUGUUGUUAAUGCGUUUGAAAAGUAAGACGAAAAGCAAACCACACAAUGACCAGCACACUGAAAGGCAUUACACUCAAAGGAAGCGCGGAGCUGGUGGCCGACUUCUUUUCUUUCGGCAUCAACAGCAUCUUGUACCAGCGUGGCAUCUACCCUCCGGAGAAAUUCACCAGAGUCAGCCAGUACGACAUGAGCCUCCAAGUCACCUCGGAUCCCGACCUGAAGAACUAUCUGGACAGUGUGGUGUCGCAGCUCAAAGAGUGGCUGCUCAACUGCACGGUGCAGAAGCUGGUGUUGGUGAUCACAUGCCUGGAAACGGACGAGGUGCUGGAGCGCUGGCAGUUCGACAUCGAGUGCGACAAGUCGGCCAUGGAGUGCAGUGCCCCUCGAGAGAAGCCCAUUCAAACGAUCCAGGGUGAGAUCCGCUCGGUCCUUCGACAGAUCACCGCCUCCGUCACCUUUCUGCCGCUGCUGGAAACCCCGUGCGGCUUCAACCUCCUGAUCUACACCGACAAAGACCUCGCCAUCCCCGAAAAGUGGGAGGAGUCCAGCCCGCACUACAUCAGCCAGCCGGAGGAGGUGCGCCUGCGCUCCUUCACCACGACCAUCCACAAAGUCUGCAGCCAGGUCACUUACAAGAAGACGUGCCCACUUUAAAGCCCGGGCUGGGCAACAACAACAACAACAACAAAAACUCAAGAAAACCCCAAACACAAAUGAACCCAAUCCUACAAUAAUUAUGAAACAUCAUUUUUCGUACAUUUAGUAUGCACAACUUAAACAGCCGCUCCUGCUUGAAAGCAAACUCCUUGGACUUUUCAAAGCGUCCAUUAAGCAAGCAAGAGAAGGUAAGCGCAGUGUUGACUUCAACACAAGUUUCUGUGCGUUCCUUGGUAGGGAACUCUUUGAAAUAACUUUUCGUGUUUCUUAUCAGAGCUGUGGUGUUAAGAAAGAGGCAAAAGAAAACAAUCUUUCACAGAAUUUAUUUCUUAGGGCAACGUCGUCUGAGAGGUAGCUCCGAAUUGUCGUAUUGGAACUGAUUACGAAAUUCUGGUUGUCAAGCCAUGUUGAAUUAAAUCACCGUGCACAUUUCCCAAAAUGUAUUUGUGACUAUUUUAUGACAAGGCAGUGGAGGAAAAAAAAAAAAAAAAAAGUGUUUUUUUAACUUGGUAUGAAAAAUAACAAUUUAAUAGUGUCCUCUGAAAAAAGUGCUUCAAAAAAGACAAUAUACAUUAGGCUAAUAAAUACAUUCAACAAAUAAA